GCUGGAGAUACAGAUGAUCCACCAAGAAUUACCCAAAAUCCUGUCAUCAAUGGGAAUGUAGCGAUGGCAGAUGGACACAACAACACAGAAGAAGACAUGGAGGAUGACACAAGUUGGCGAUCAGAAGCAACGUUUCAGUUUACAGUUGAACGUUUCAAUAGGCUGAGUGAGUCAGUCCUCAGUCCUCCCUGCUUUGUACGAAACUUACCAUGGAAGAUCAUGGUGAUGCCACGUCUUUAUCCUGACAGACCACACCAAAAAAGUGUAGGAUUCUUUCUUCAAUGCAAUGCUGAAUCUGAUUCCACGUCAUGGUCUUGUCAUGCGCAAGCAGUUCUCAAGAUAAUAAAUUACAAGGACGAUGAGAAAUCAUUCAGUCGCCGAAUUAGUCACUUAUUCUUUCAUAAGGAAAAUGACUGGGGCUUUUCCAACUUCAUGGCAUGGAGUGAGGUUACUGAUCCUGAGAAAGGAUUUAUAGAAGAUGACAAGGUUACUUUUGAAGUCUAUGUUCAAGCAGAUGCUCCCCAUGGAGUGGCGUGGGAUUCCAAGAAGCACACAGGAUAUGUUGGGUUGAAGAACCAGGGAGCAACCUGUUACAUGAACAGCUUGUUACAGACUUUAUUUUUCACAAAUCAACUACGAAAGGCUGUUUACAUGAUGCCCACAGAAGGCGAUGACUCAUCCAAAAGUGUUCCUUUAGCAUUGCAAAGAGUGUUCUAUGAACUUCAGCACAGUGACAAACCAGUAGGAACUAAAAAGCUAACAAAGUCCUUUGGGUGGGAAACUUUAGACAGCUUCAUGCAACAUGAUGUACAAGAAUUAUGUCGAGUGUUGCUUGAUAAUGUGGAAAAUAAAAUGAAAGGCACGUGUGUAGAAGGCACCAUCCCUAAAUUAUUUCGAGGGAAGAUGGUGUCUUAUAUCCAAUGCAAACACGUAGACUAUCGAUCAGAACGAAUAGAGGAUUAUUAUGACAUCCAGCUAAGUAUAAAGGGAAAGAAAAAUAUAUUUGAGUCCUUCAUUGAUUAUGUUGCAGUAGAACAGCUGGAUGGUGAUAACAAAUAUGACGCAGGAGAACAUGGUUUGCAGGAGGCAGAAAAGGGUGUGAAGUUCCUGACAUUACCUCCAGUGUUACAUCUACAACUUAUGAGAUUUAUGUAUGACCCUCAAACUGACCAAAAUAUUAAGAUAAAUGAUAGGUUUGAAUUUCCUGAGCAGUUGCCACUGGAUGAAUUUUUGCAAAAAACCGACCCUAAGGAUCCUGCAAAUUACAUCCUUCAUGCAGUACUAGUGCACAGUGGAGAUAACCACGGUGGACAUUAUGUUGUUUACUUAAAUCCUAAAGGGGAUGGCAAAUGGUGUAAAUUUGAUGAUGAUGUUGUAUCACGAUGUACAAAAGAAGAAGCAAUCGAACACAAUUAUGGUGGUCAUGAUGAUGACUUAUCCGUGCGGCACUGUACUAAUGCUUACAUGUUGGUUUACAUCAGGGAAUCAAAAUUAAGAGGUGAAGUUUUGCAACCUGUCACAGACCAUGAUAUUCCUCAACAACUAGUAGAACGGCUACAAGAAGAAAAGAGAAUAGAGGCUCAGAAAAGGAAGGAGAGGCAGGAAGCUCACCUCUACAUGCAAGUGCAGAUAGUGACAGAGGACCAGUUCUGUGGCCAUCAAGGCAAUGAUAUGUAUGAUGAAGAAAAAGUGAAAUACACUGUUUUCAAAGUAUUAAAAAACUCCACACUUACAGAAUUUGUUCAAAAUCUUUCUCAAACUAUGGGAUUUCCACAGGAUCAAAUACGGUUAUGGCCAAUGCAAGCUAGAAGUAAUGGCACUAAAAGACCAGCAAUGUUGGAUAAUGAAGCAGAUGGCAAUAAAACUAUGAUUGAGCUAAGUGACAAUGAAAAUCCUUGGACAAUAUUCCUGGAAACAGUAGAUCCAGAGAUGGCUGCUACAGGGGCAACGUUACCCAAGUUUGAUAAAGAUCAUGAUGUAAUGUUAUUUCUGAAGAUGUAUGAUCCCAAGACUCGGAGUUUGAAUUACUGUGGACAUAUCUACACACCUAUAUCCUGUAAAAUACGUGACUUGCUUCCAGUUAUGUGUGAGAGAGCAGGAUUUCCUCAAGAAACUAACCUUAUCCUCUAUGAGGAAGUUAAACCCAAUUUAACUGAAAGAAUUCAAGACUAUGAUGUGUCUCUUGAUAAAGCUCUUGAUGAACUUAUGGAUGGUGACAUCAUAGUGUUUCAGAAAGAUGACCCAGAAAAUGACAACAGUGAGCUGCCAACAGCAAAAGAAUAUUUCAGAGACCUUUACCACCGUGUUGAUGUAAUUUUCUGUGAUAAAACCAUCCCCAAUGAUCCUGGAUUUGUUGUUACUUUGUCCAACAGAAUGAAUUACUUUCAGGUUGCAAAGACAGUUGCACAGCGACUUAAUACAGAUCCAAUGUUACUACAGUUUUUCAAGUCCCAAGGUUAUAGGGAUGGCCCAGGUAAUCCUCUUAGACAUAAUUAUGAAGGUACUUUAAGAGAUCUCCUGCAGUUCUUCAAACCUAGGCAACCUAAAAAACUUUACUAUCAACAGCUCAAAAUGAAAAUCACAGAUUUUGAAAACCGGAGAAGUUUUAAGUGCAUAUGGCUAAAUAGCCAAUUUAGGGAAGAGGAAAUAACGCUAUAUCCAGAUAAGCAUGGGUGUGUACGGGACCUCUUGGAAGAAUGUAAAAAAGCUGUAGAACUCUCUGAGAAGGGUUCGGGGAAACUAAGGCUGCUAGAAAUUGUAAGCUACAAAAUAAUUGGUGUCCAUCAGGAAGAUGAGUUGUUAGAGUGUUUAUCACCUGCAACAAGCCGAACGUUUCGAAUAGAGGAAAUCCCUCUGGACCAGGUAGAUAUAGAUAAGGAAAAUGAGAUGCUAAUCACAGUGGCACACUUCCACAAAGAGGUUUUUGGAACAUUUGGAAUUCCAUUCUUGUUGAGGAUACACCAGGGUGAACACUUCAGAGAGGUGAUGAAGCGGAUUCAAACAAUGUUGGACAUCCAAGAAAAAGAAUUUGAAAAGUUUAAGUUUGCCAUUGUAAUGAUGGGUCGGCACCAGUACCUAAAUGAAGAUGAGUAUGAAGUGAACUUGAAAGAUUUUGAGCCCCAACCUGGCAACAUGUCUCAUCCAAGGCCAUGGCUAGGGCUUGACCACUUCAACAAGGCCCCAAAGAGAAGUCGCUACACUUACCUGGAGAAAGCUAUUAAAAUCCAUAACUGACUCACUUAACCCAUUUGUUCAAGGCAAGGGACAACAAAUAAGUGUGUGUGUGCACCUUUUUAACAACAGUAGAACUUUGGUACACGUGCACUAUAUCUGAAGUCUUCAGCAAGAGGAUUUGCUGCUGAUGUUAAUUUUAUUUUGUUGAGGCUGUUCAGUUUGGCUUCUCUGUAUCUAUUGACUGCCCUUUUUGAGCAAAAUGAAGGUGUUUUUAUAAAGCUUGGAUGCCAAUGAGAGUUAUUUUAUGGUAAACGUAAUGCAAGGCAAUUGUCAGCAUAAUGAGGGAAGAGUUUAGUAGACCAGUUGACAUUGGCAAAAUAUUUGUCUGUAGUACGUUUAUAGAUGGCAUAAGCUAGCUGGCUGCCCUUCCUGGUGUGGUAUUCACCAUCACAGCAGCUAGUAAGUCUUAUGUUUAGACUCACAUCGGAUUUAUUUCCUUCAGUUAUACUUUAAAAUGACAUUUUUGUGCAUUUGUAAAUGCAAAAAACUCACAUCAUCAAUAAAUAGCAAUCUCUACUUCAUUGUGUACAUUGUUGGCACUUAUUCGGGAUUUUUGUCUCAUCCAGUUGCAUAGAAUCUUUUUAAAUAAACUAGUUUUCAUUUAAUUCAAUCACUACUUUGCAUCCCGUUUUGCCAAAUGGAUGCUCUGAGUCCUAAAAGAUAUUUGGGUCUUUUUAUUAAAUUUACAAACCUUGACACAUACAGUUAAAGUUUACUAUGUUGUCUUUUGACAAAUAAAAUGACACUCGAAGUUGGCAAAAGCAGGUGAAAGGAUUAUAAAUAUAAUCGAUUUAGUUAAAGAGGAAAGAGAUGGGAAAAACACAAGAAAUAGCCUUUUAGCACAGAGGGCAUGCUCACUAGUGUUUAGUAAGCUGUUGAAUUUGUAAAAAACAAAAAAAAAAGAAAGAAAAAGAAAAAAAGAAGAAACAGAAAAAAGAAAACAAAAAAGGAAAAAGGAAAAAUGAAAAAA